AUGCUUGACGAUGACGAAAUUAUUGCAACAAUUCAAGAAGCACCUGAAGAAGAAGAUAUUGGCCCACCAAUACCUAAUAAAAUCGCUUUAGAAAGCAUUCAAAAUCUAUAUAAUUACUUGCAACAGAAUAAUGAUAUACAA